AUGUACCAAAGGCCAGAAGGAAUUGAGAACUGCAAGAUCUGGAUUGACGGAUGCUUCGACUUCACUCACCACGGACACGCUGGUGCAAUGUUGCAAGCCAGGCAGCUUGGGAAGGAGUUGUAUGUCGGGGUCCACUCCGAUGAGGAGAUUUUAAAGAACAAGGGCCCGGUUGUCAUGAAGUUGGACGAGAGAAUGACAGCAGUGGAAGCGUGCAAGUGGUCCACAGAGGCCAUUCCGGAUGCUCCCUACGUGACUAUGCCAGACUUCAUGAGCCAGCAUGGGUGUAAGUAUGUUGUCCAUGGUGACGACAUCACCACCGAUGCUAAUGGUGAGGACUGUUACCAAACUGUCAAAGAUUUGGGGAUGUUUGUGGUUGUCAAAAGAACUCCCAAUAUUUCCACCACUGAUUUGGUGGGCAGAAUGUUGCUAAUGAGCAAGUUCCACCACUAUCUUCCAAUUACGGCAGGAAAUGUUAAGAACCACGCCUUGUUGGUUGAGGACAAUAGGGACAGGUUUGAGAAGUAUGCCACUGAUCAAACUGGCUUAAACCCAGGCUCCGGGGUGUACUUGAACAUCGACUCCGUGCCAGAGCUCGAGCAAAUCGUGGCUCCCUCUGAUGCUACCCAGCAAAAGUACAAGAAGGUCUACUACGUGGAUGGUGGAUUCGACUUGUUCCAUCCAGGACAUAUUGAGGCCUUGAAAGCAGUAAAGAAGGAAGCAGUCAAGGAAGAUGCCAGCAUCGUGAUUGGAAUCCACGAUGAUGCCGCUGUCAAUAAGCACAAGGGUUUGAACUACCCUAUCAUGAAUUUAUUUGAAAGAUCUUUGUGUGUUUUGCAAUGUCGUUACGUUGACGGAUUGAUCUUGGGUGCUCCAUAUACCCCAACCCAGGAGUUCUUAUCCAAGAUUCCCGGUACUGUGGUCAAGGUUUACCAUGGUCCUACCUCGCUUGGUGACACUGAUCCAUACACCGAGGUCAAACAAGCGGGAUUGUUUCAUGAGACUGGUCCCCACAAGUAUGACAACAUGAACACCGAGUUUAUUGUGGACAGAGUGUUAAACAAUAAGAAGGCGUAUGAAGAAAGACAAAAGAGGAAGGGUUGGAAAUCUGAAGUCGAGUUACAGUUGAGAGAGGCCGAAAAGGCCAAACAGGCCGCCCAAGCCCCAUGA